AUGACGAUGGACGAUGGCAAUUCCGUCUACGUCGGCGGUCUCCCUUACGACGUCAGCGAGGAAGCUCUCCGCCGCGUUUUCUCCGUUUACGGCAACGUCCUCACCGUCAAGAUUGUUAAUGACCGUAGUGUAAGAGGGAAAUGCUAUGGCUUUGUUACAUUUUCUAAUCGUCGAUCGGCUGAUGAUGCUAUCGAAGACAUGGAUGGAAAAAAUAUUGGUGGGCGUGCAGUGCGCGUAAAUGAGGUAACAACAAGAGGUGGAAGAAUGAAUCCAGGUCGGGGGCAGUUUCAACCACGCGGUAGCUGGGAUAAAAGCCCGGAUAGGAGAAGCGAUUGCAAUUAUGACAGGGAUCAGUACAGUGAUAGGUCCCGAGAACGGGAUAGGUCUCAGGACAGAAGAAAAGAUCAUUACAUAGAGAAGGAAAGAGCAUAUGAGCAUUCACACGAUUUUGAGAGGAGGAAGGAUCAUGAUAUACUGGAUAGAAAUGGUUACAAAGAAAGAGUUUUCCAAGACGACGAAAGAGAUUGGCGUGGGGAUAGGUCUCAUGAGGAUAAUAAUGGUGGGGGAAUCAACGGGUCCAGUGCUCACGAAGGACGGAGCCAAGAAACAAAGAGAGAAGAUAGUACCACCCUUGAGGGUGGGCGUGGCAGAGAUCACUUCUCUAAUUCAAGUGGAGAUCACAAUUACCAGGUGAAAGAAGAACUGGAAGCGCUGAUUAAGAUGCGUGAGGGGCUUCACAAUGAGGUGCUGAUGAUGGAAGACAGAUUGGAAGAAAAAGAAAUACUAUGCUCGGAGCUACAGAAAAAGUCUAAGAGAUUAGAAGAAUCAUUGAUCAAUGAAAAGAAACUGACUUCACAACGCCGAAAAGAGUUGGCAAAGCUACACAAAUCGUUUACAAGGGUUAGAGAGUGCACGGACAACCUGAAAGACUGCGAACAGGAACUCCAGUCACUUGUCAAUUCAUCAGCUAGAGAAGGCUUGGCAGUUGCUGAUCAAGGGCUGGGAAACGGGUAUGCGUAG